CUUGGACUCGUAUACGACCACACUCCACUCCAUCCUCAUUCGUCACACUCUCUUCGUCGUCGCCCUGUUUGUUUAAAGCUCAAAUCAAAAGAAAAAGAAGCUAAAAGAGAAUGCAAGGAGACAAAGCAGUGCGAAGGUAGGGACCAGUUUUGCAGAGACGAAGCAACGGCGCAUGUUCAUUGAAGAGAUCUCUCUCUUCCGACGGUGCUCUUCUCGUUCUCUGUUAAGUUUUAUGGUAUCUGCACGAAUAAAGUGAUCGUAUUUAUAAGUCAUGUUACUGAGCAUCUGGGAGUUUACUUGAUGACACUAGAUUAUAUGAGUAAGCAAAUCAGGCCGUGGCGCAGAAGCUAUGUGCAAAUUUGGAUGCCUAUGAUCAAAAUUUUAACAUGUGUAUCUUGGCUAUGCAACGGUAUCUUUUCUGGUGUAUUUUAUAUGGCGCUCUUUACAUAUAUGCAUUUUCACAUGGCUUAGGGAGUGGUGGCAUUGUGUUGCCGAUCGAUCCUGGAUCAGUUGCAAAAAUUAAUCAUAAAAGUGGCAUCUCUACUUCCAUUAGAAAACAUAUUUUUUCUUCCCAACUGAACAAUUAUGUGUCUUGUGAGAACCUGGGAGGUGUUGGAUCAUUCAAUACCACAUGCUUGCUAAACUCAAACUUGUAUUUGAGUUCUGAUCUUUACAUUUAUGGUACUGGAAACCUGGAGAUACUUUCUGGUAUUUCAAUAGCAUGUCCCGCAGAAGGCUGCAUGAUCACCCUUAAUAUGACUGGAAAAGUUAAUGUGGGUCGAUCUGCCAGUAUUGUAGCUGGCACAGUUGUUCUUUCUGCCGCCAAUUUGACAAUGGAUGACAACUCUUUUAUCAACACAACAUCUUUGGGUGGAUCACCGCCACCUCAGACUAGUGGUACACCAGUUGGGUAUGAUGGAGCUGGUGGAGGUCAUGGUGGACGAGGUGCUUCCUGCCUGAAAAGUAACAAGACAAAUUUCUGGGGUGGUGAUAUGUAUGGUUGGUCAACUUUGUCUGGGCCUUGGAGCUAUGGGAGCAAGGGUGGGGGUAUAUCUCCUGAAAAUCGGUUUGGAGGGAAUGGUGGAGGACGUGUGAAGCUUCAAGUGCAGGACCUUCUAUCUCUGAAUGGAUCAGUCACUGCAGAGGGUGGCGAUGGAGGAUUAAAAGGGGGAGGUGGCUCUGGCGGAAGCAUCUUUAUACAUGCUGUGAAACUGAAAGGAUAUGGUACAAUAAGUGCAUCAGGUGGAAGAGGAUGGGGCGGAGGUGGCGGUGGAAGAAUUUCUCUGGAUUGUUACAGCAUUCAAGAAGAUGUAAAAAUUACAGUCCAUGGUGGUAUGAGUCUCGGUUGUCCUGGGAAUGCUGGAGCAGCUGGUACAUUUUUUAAUGCAGAUUUGCAAAGUUUAAGAGUCAGCAAUGACAAUAUAACUACAGAAACAGAAACUCCAUUGCUUGGUUUUCCUACCAGACAUCUAUGGUCAAACGUUAUUGUGGAAGAUAACGCAAAAGCUUUGAUUCCACUGCUUUGGACCAGAGUUCAGGUGAGAGGCCAAUUUAGUUUAUAUCGUGGAGGCAGCAUCGUCUUUGGAUUGUCUGCUUAUCCAGUGUCAGAGUUCGAGCUUGUUGCAGAAGAACUUUUGAUGAGUGAUUCUAUCAUAAAGGUUUUCGGGGCAUUUAGAGUUGCUGUCAAAAUGUUGCUCAUGUGGAAUUCCAAAAUUCAAAUUGAUGGUGGUGGAAAUACUGUUGUUACUGCUUCUGUACUUGAAGUAAGGAAUCUUGUUGUUCUAAGGGAAAAUUCAGUUAUUAGUUCAAACACAAACUUGGGCUUGUAUGGUCAGGGAUUAUUGAAGUUGACUGGUCAUGGUGAUGCUAUUAAAGGCCAGCGACUUUCCUUGUCCCUCUUUUAUAACAUAACUGUUGGCCCUGGUGCUUUACUUCAGGCUCCCCUGGAUGAUGAUGUGAACAGGAGUGUGGUUACGAAGUCCCUAUGCAAGAGCCAGUCAUGUCCAAUAGAUUUGAUAACUCCUCCAGAUGAUUGUCAUGUUAAUUACACCCUUUCCUUUUCACUUCAAAUCUGUCGUGUUGAGGACCUUCUUGUGAAUGGCAUUGUUCGGGGAAGUAUAAUUCACAUCCACAGGUCAAGAACCAUCAUUGUUGAUACUGAUGGCUUGAUUACAGCGUCAGAGUUAGGUUGCAGUGAGGGUCUCGGAAAGGGAAAAUACACUAAUGGAGCUGGUAGUGGUGCCGGGCAUGGAGGACGAGGGGGCUCAGGAUAUUUCAAUGGGACAAUAAGCAAUGGUGGCAGUGAAUAUGGUAACCCUGAUCUGCCUUGUGAGUUGGGAAGUGGAACUGAGGGUCCUAGCUCAUCGUAUGGGCAUGUUAUUGGAGGGGGAAUGAUAGUGAUGGGCUCCAUCCAGUGGCCGUUGCUAAGGCUUGAUCUCUAUGGAUUGUUGGGGGCUGAUGGUCAAAGCUUUGAUAAAGCAAGAACAUAUGGUGAUGGUACUUUGGUUGGUGGACUUGGUGGUGCCUCUGGUGGUACCAUCCUUCUUUUCCUUCAAGAACUUAAGCUUGCUGAUAACUCAUCUUUGUCGGCAAUUGGGGGUGACGGUGGCCCUCAUGGUGCUGGUGGGGGUGCGGGUGGGCGAAUCCAUUUUCAUUGGUCAAAGAUAGAUGUUGGGGAUGAAUAUGUUCCAGUUGCAGCUGUAAGCGGUUCUAUUAACAAUAGUGGAGGUGGUGGGGAUAAUGAUGAUCUUUUUGGAGAGAAGGGGACAGUCACUGGUAAGAAGUGUCCGAAGGGCCUCUAUGGUAUAUUCUGCAUGGAAUGCCCAGUUGGGACUUACAAGGAUGUUGAUGGCUCUGAUCCAAAUCUUUGCACCAGUUGCCCCCUGGAGCGUCUUCCGAAUCGUGCAUAUUACAUAUAUGUACGAGGGGGAGUUUCUCAACCAUUUUGUCCCUAUAAAUGCAUCUCUGACAAAUAUAGAAUGCCAAAUUGCUAUACACCUCUUGAGGAGCUAAUGUAUACAUUUGGAGGCCCCUGGCCUUUUGCACUUCUUCUUUCAUUCAUGUUGUUACUUCUGGCGUUGCUACUAAGCACUUUGAGAAUUAAAUUGGUUGGAUCAAAAUCUUCUUAUGGAGAAGCUUCAAUUGAACAUCAGAGUCAUCAGCGUUUCCCAUAUCUUCUUUCCCUAUCAGAGGUACGGGGUGCCAGAGCUGAAGAAACCCAAAGCCAUGUCUACAGAAUGUAUUUUAUGGGUCCCAAUACUUUUAGAGAACCUUGGCAUCUUCCUUAUUCUCCUCCCAACUCAAUUAUCGAGAUUGUGUAUGAAGAUGCUUUUAAUAGAUUUAUAGAUGAGAUCAAUUCAGUUGCCGCAUAUGAGUGGUGGGAAGGAUCUGUGCACAGCAUACUUUCUGUACUUGCUUAUCCUUGUGCCUGGUCCUGGAAACAGUGGCGCCGAAGAAAUAAAAUCCAUCGCCUUCAAGAAUAUGUCAAGUCUGAAUAUGACCACUCGUGUCUCCGUUCUUGUAGAUCACGAGCUCUAUACAAAGGGAUGAAGGUUGGAGCAACGCCUGAUUUGAUGGUGGCAUAUGUUGAUUUCUUCCUUGGUGGUGAUGAGAAGCGUUUAGAUAUGGUAUCAAUUAUACAGAAAAGGUUUCCAAUGUGCAUAGUUUUUGGUGGGGAUGGCAGCUAUAUGUCGCCUUAUAAUCUUCAUAGCGAUACAUUGUUGACUAAUCUUCUUGGGCAGCAUGUCCCACCAACAGUUUGGAAUCGUUUGGUGGCUGGUUUAAAUGCACAGUUGAGGACUGUGAGGCAUGGGUCAAUCCGGACUGCUCUGGUUCCUGUUAUUAAUUGGAUAAGUAGUCAUGGAAAUCCACAACUUGAGUUCCAUGGAGUUAAAAUUGAGCUGGGAUGGUUCCAAGCAACAGCUUCCGGUUACUAUCAGUUAGGUAUCGUGGUAGUGCUUGGUGAUUAUUCUCUCAACAGUACGCGGCGGUCUGAUGUGUUAGAUAGAAGUAGUGAUAAUUGCCCAAGGGUAAAUGCUGCAUUUACAGCCUGUAGCCCUAAGCAGCUUUGGCAACCUCGACCAAGCACAAGUCAUGCUUUAUCUCGUAAGAAGAUUACUGGAGGAAUAAAUGGAGGGCUUAUAGAUAAUGCUACUUUGAAUUCCUUGAAUUUUAGAAGGGACUUUCUCUUUCCACUAUCUCUCUUAUUGCACAAUGCAAGACCUGUUGGUCGUCAGGAUACUCUUCAGCUUCUUAUUACUGUCAUACUUUUGGCAGACCUUGCCACCACCCUCCUUUCAUUGCUUCAAUUCUAUUGGAUUUCACUUGGGGCUUUCCUAGCUGUCCUGCUUAUUCUACCUCUAUCCCUGCUUUCUCCCUUCCCAGCUGGAUUGAAUGCAUUAUUCAGUAGGGAACCUAGAAGAGCUUCACUUGCUCGUAUUUAUGCAUUGUGGAAUGCUACCUCUCUCUCUAAUAUUGCUGUGGCUUUCAUUUGUGGGAUAGUUCAUUAUGGAUUAUCCCCUUUCCAGCCACCUGAUAAGGCAAAUACGUGGAACACCAAGAGGGAGGUUGAUAAGUGGUGGCUUUUGCCAACAAUCCUUUUGCUAUUCAAGUCAAUUCAAGCUCGUUUUGUUGACUGGCACAUAGCUAAUCUCGAAAUCCAUGAUUUUUCUUUGUUCUGCCCUGAUCCCGACGCUUUUUGGGCCCACGAGCCUAGUUUGUGAGCUGAAAGAUACUUGUCUUAAACUGGAAGUGUAGCUUGUGUGGUGUUUGUGCCGACAGGGUGACAAAAGGGUCCCUUUAGUUUUUCAUCAUGGCCCCGAUGCAGGUGGUGGCUUCCUGUGUAAAUUUGUCCAAAGUUUUGUAAAGCACUGAUUAUAAGUGUGCAGUUUCUUUCCUUCCCUUUUAGGCAUAUAGACAGUGACACAAAACUAGAGAGGUCCUGUGAACAGAUAAUAGUGUCUUCAGUCUAUUGUUUGCUAGAAGUAACUUGUUAUAUUUGUACAUUCUUUUGGUGUCUCAAACAAUCCCUGUUGCUCUCCGUUCAACGGCGGGAAGCUCAUUUCUAAUUCCCGGAUCAAGGUUUGUAGCUUGUUAAUGUUGGUGCAUCAGUCUUUUCACAGGCA